AUGUAUCCUUCCAGUACCAAUUGUACUCAUAAUCCUAUACCCUUCUCUUGGGAAAGUGUUGAACAUAGGCCUUUAUUUCACAGUGACAUCAACCCGAAUUCCAAAUUUGAAGACCCUCUCCUAACUUCCUUGUUCCACUUUGCUUCUCCAUGCAUUUAUGAGGAUGCUGUCAAUGAAUUCCCAUGGCAACAACUAGAUGACACUUAUCUCUAUCAGCAACAGUUGAGUACAGCUGAGAACAGCUUAGCUGAGAUUGUUAAUCACAUGGCUGAUCCAAAUUCAGAUCCUGUACAUGGACUAAAACAAGACUGGAACAAAAAUGGUGAGAGCACAGGUGAGAAGGUUACAAGGAAGAGAUUGUCAAAUAAAGAUAGGCACAGCAAGAUCAAUACUGCUCAUGGUCCAAGGGACAGAAGAAUGAGACUGUCCCUACCAGUUGCUCGGAAGUUUUUCGAUUUGCAAGAUGUUUUGGGGUUUGAUAAGGCUAGUAAAACUGUGGACUGGUUGCUGAGACAGUCAAGUUCAGCAAUCGAAGAGAUUAUGAGAGGCCUGCCACGGAUGAGGCACAGCCGUAGUGUUGGUGCAAACACUAGUGUAUCCUCUACUUCUGAGGGUGAAGUGGUAUCUGGAAUCGAAGAUUCAAUUCGAGAUACCACUCAUGACAACCAGCAGGCAAAUAUCAGUGUAAAGAUGAAAGCUAAAUCCUCUUCCAAGAAAGAGAAGAAGGCUAAACUAGUUCGUCGAACUGCACUACAUCGUCUUGCAAGGGAGUCAAGGAAAGUAGCAAGGGAAAGGGCAAGGAAGAGAACAAUAGAAAAAAGAAAACUUGGCGAAUCAAGGUUAUGUUUUGCAGCAAGGGAUAGGGAAUCUUGGGGUUCUUUUGAAACGGAUGAAGGAUCAGGCACCCCAGCUCAGAAAAUACAUCCUUCCAUUGAAGGACUGACUGAAGUGGAAGAACUUAACCCUCAUGAGAGAAGGCUUCUGGAGACUAGAGAAUACGCGGCUGGUGAGAUUUUGCUAACCACAGGCAAUUGGAACCCAUCAACUAUCCCCGUCUAUCAGCAAAAUACUGAAAUUUCCAAUGAGCAUCAGUUCUCUGACUUUCAGUUUUGUGGCAAAGCAUGGGAGGCCUACGACAUGAGUCUAGGUGGAUGA